CGAUUCGUGUGUGUGGUUACCCGGUCGACGCUCAUACGUUCGGCCCCACUGUACGUACGUCGUCGACGAUCGCAUCGCGAUACCUCGUCAUACUCGGCGCCCGCGUAUAUAGCUGCCGCCUCGAGGACGAUGCGGCUGGUUGGUGCAACGAGUACCGAUGCGUGAUCCCGCACGUGAUUCCACACGCGAUUUCGCGAGUCCGAUCGGCGAACGGGAGAGGAGACCAGGGAAAGCGGUCCAGGAGAACGUCGUCGCUCCACGGAGACGCGAGGAGGAAAGCGGGCAUCAUCCCGUGUGCGUCCACCCGUCGCUCUUCACGUGCAUUUACGCCUCGGUGUUACCUCGACGGCCCCUCGGCGAUCGAUAGGCACACGCGCGACGAGAAGGUGUGUUGUAUGUGUGUGUGCGGUGGCGCGCUGUCGUCGAAACGAUCACCCAGCGGCAGUGUGCGGCGUGCGCUCGCGAACGAGAAGCGUCGGGAGAGGAGAGAGCGAGUUUUGACUCCGGUUUUGGAUCGAUCGGUGCUCCGGUCGUCCGAGUUUUGACUCCUUGACCGCCGCUACCUGCAUAUGAAGGCGAUGGUGGUGAGCCCGGUGAGCGGCAGAGUGCCGCCCAACCAUCGCGGCGUUCUGCACAACGGCCUGGGGAUCGGCGGCACCAGGCGCGACCUCGAGGCCGAGGAGGUCGCCGCUUAUCUGACGAAGCUGCGCUCCCUCGUGCCGGACAUGCCGCGCAAGCGGAAGCUGUCGAAGCUCGAGGUUAUUCAAAGGGUGAUCGAGUACAUCUGCGACCUGCAGACCGCCCUCGAGGAGACGAACGCCGCGCAUCAGGACGCGAAGACGUCGAUGACGGCGACGGCGCAGCAGCAGUCCUCGAGGCAGCCUCUGCAACCCCUGCUGAACGCCACCACGUCGACCGCCACGACGACCACCACGACGUCCGUCGUAGCCGCGACGGUCGCCGACCGGUGA